AUGGCAUCGCAAUCCCCUCCUGUUCCAGAGGAACUAAAGCAUAUCGCUCCAUAUUUGCAAAGGAGUCUGGAAUUGGCCCAGCGCGAACCUGUCGUCUCCUACUACUGCAAAUACUAUGCCGUCAAACUCGCUAUCGAAAAGGGCACAAAGUCCAAGGAAGGAAAGAGCUUUGCGCUAGCUCUUAUGGAUACUCUAGAACAAGAAAAGAAGCAAUUGUCAAAUAGCGAAGCUCUCUCAAAUGAUGUCGUAGGAUUCGCACAUGUCGAAAACUUUGCCCUAAAGAUAUUUCUGAAUGCAGACAAUGAAGAUCGUGCGGGAAAGGCUUCCAAGCAAGUCUCAACAUAUUUCACGACAAAUAUUUCCAGAUUUCCAACCCCACACAAAUUUAGGAAAACUGCAAAGACCUUUCUCGCUGCCUCCCUGUUUUUGGAAUUACUACGGACCUUUGGAGAGUUGGACGGAGAAAUUGAGGAAAAGAUAAAGUACUCAAAGUACAAGGCAGCAGACAUCAUGAAGGCAUUAAGAGAAGGAAGAGUCCCAGAAGCUGGCCCACCUGGUGGAGAACAACAAGACCCUGAGGGUGCUCCUGAUCCAACUGGACCACAGGAUACAUUUGGCCAAUCGGACCCUACUGGAAUGCCAGAUUCAUUUGGUCAACCAAUAAGUAGUCAUACACUAGAGCACCAGCCAAGUAAUGCUUCCUUUGCUAGUACCUCAUAUGGCACUCCUCAAGAGCAACCGGGAGGUUCAUUUGCACCACCUCAAAUGCCAGGACCAUAUGGAUCAACACCAACGUCACCAACUUUUCCAUCGCCUCCAUCUCUAUUGCCGACAGGCUAUAAUAACAAUAAUAGUAAUCCCUACUUGCCACCACCAGCAACCUCAUACAACCAACCUCCUCCACCGAAUGAUGCCUCUUAUAAUAGUCGUCCCGUGGAUCCAUGGAACCAAUCUCCUCCAAUGCCAUCACGGCCACAGCAACCCAACAACCAAAGUUAUGGCAAUAAUAACAAUAGCAAUUAUAAUCCUACACCCUCCGCACCAUCUGACCCAUGGGCUCAAGCUGCACGUCCUGCCACACGGCCUGCGUCGGCUCCUUUAGAUCCUGGCAGUGGUGCUAGUACAUUGUCCGACGCCUUCCAAAUGGAUCACAAAGCUAUCCAGAAUGCUCAAAAAAUGGCCAAGUUUGCCAUAUCAGCUUUGCAAUAUGAUGAUGUAAAUUCUGCAAUUGAAAACUUAGAAAAGGCAUUAUUCUUGUUAAAACCACUAAAAAAAUGA